AUCAUCGCUGUUCUGCUCUGUUCUGCUAAAAAUUGUUUCUGAAAAUAAAUUCAAGAUCGAAGAAGAAAUAUUCAAUAAUGGCUUGCAUUAAAGACGCUGCUACAUUAUAUCAAAAUUUGAAAACUGAAUGGGCGAAGAAGCCACGUAAACUGGACAAAUGCGGAGAACUUCUGAACAAAAUAAAGAUUGCGCUUACAAAUCUCACAUUUCUACCCAGUAACAACACAGCAGCAAAUCAAAAGGAAUUAAUACUGGCCAGAGAUGUUUUAGAAAUCGGGGCCCAGUGGGCUGUAGCUGCUAAAGAUGUCAAAGCUUUUGAGCGAUUCAUGUCUCAGUUGAAAUGCUAUUAUUUUGAUUACAAAGAUCAUCUCCCAGAAUCUGCCUUUAUGUACCAGCUUCUUGGUUUGAACCUUCUCUUCUUAUUGGCACAAAAUCGUGUAGCGGAAUUCCACACAGAGCUUGAGCGUCUCCCCGUUGAUGUGAUCAGAGCUGAUCCAUAUGUAAAACAUCCGCUAGCAUUGGAGCAAUAUCUAAUGGAAGGAAGCUAUAAUAAAAUCUUUUUGGCUAAGGAUAAUGUACCAGCAGAGAGCUACACACUCUUCAUGGACACACUCCUAGACACUGUUAGAGGUGAAAUAGCGGCAUGUAUCGAGAAGGCCUAUCAGAAGAUACCUUGUGCAGAGGCUGCAAGGAGAUUGAACUUGUCUUCACAGCAGGCUGUGCUUGAAUAUGGCAAGAAGCGUAACUGGGUGCUUGGUCCAGACAACAGUUAUCACUUCAACACAAUUGAAGAAACCUGUGCAGCGGCAGCUGGAGUGUUCCCAUCGUCAGAACUUGCAGAACAAACCAUUGAAUAUGCCAGACAUCUGGAAAUGAUUGUGUAAUCGAAAUUAUUAGUAAUAAAUUUGCUUUCUUUAAGAA